UCGACGACGCAAUUAAGCAACUAAACAUUCGUGUGAUGGGACAGCCAGAGCGGAACAUUUCAUCUAGAGAAAAGUAAAGUUUAACAAUUGAGCAUAGAAGGAAUAAUUCGAGCGAAAAGGGUUUAGCCGACGGCGGCGACGCAAGUGCAAAUUCAUCUUGCAAGUUGGCGCAGCCGAGUUUAUUGAAUUGUCGAUCGAGGGGGCGCUCGCUUAUAUCCACAAUCAGAUGAAUAGAUCAUCUAGCGCGCAUGUGUAAUGCGUUGAUGUGUAUAGGGCCGUGCUCGUAGUGUUUGCCGUGACUGCUUCAGCGCGAGUUACGGUUAAUAAUAAAAAAAAAAAAAAAAAAAAAAAAAAAAAAAAAAAAAAAAAAAGGGAAAAAAAGCAAGAAAAUAAUUGUCGCGUCGGAGGCAGUCGUUGGGAAUCGCGGCCGAUUGAUUGUUCAGCGGCUGUGUCGGCGUAGGGACGGGAAUUCGAGAGCACCGAUGCUGCUCGAGGUUUGCGCGCAGAGGUGACCGUCACGUAUAAUCGUCGUAGCUCGCAGCAGGAUGCUGAGGAGUGCCGUCCCGAAGACGACGAGUACACUUGAACGGGGGUGAAAGAUGCGUCGAUGGAGCUGGCCGAGCAUUCUGCUGACGCUCCAUUGCUGCGCGAUAGCAAUAUGCCUGGAAAUAAGGCAGCUGCCGUACUGCAAGGAUUCGGAGCCGACGAGUCCGUUGCCCAGUUUAUUAUUCGUGAGCACUCUAGACGGACAACUAACUGCCUUAGACGCUGCUCGUGGUGGCCAAAAGCAAUGGACUUUGAAUUUUAAUACAGAACCAUUACUUUCAUCUAAUAUCCAUAGAAGAGAUUUAAAUAACAAUGGCCAGUGGGUUAGAUUAAUUCCUUCGUUAAACGGAGGUUUAUACAAGUUUGAUGGCGAAACUCUCGAGGCUAUUCCAGUUUCGGUCGAUCAGCUUUUACAAUCGUCCUUUCGCUAUUCCGAUGAUUUAAUAUUUUCCGGUGGCAAGGAGACCAAAAUUUAUGGAGUGGCAACUUCAACAGGAAAAAUUCUUUACGAAUGUAAAACAAGUAGUUGUUCUAAUGCAACUAGCGCAGAUAUCGCAUUGGAAGAAGAUGUUUUGAUCGUUCGACGUCAUCAGCAUACUGUAAGAGCUGGUGAACCUAGGACAGGCAUUGAAAGGUGGAACUUCAGCGUCGGGCAACAUGAUUUAACAAUGUUACCCCCUACUAAUUCAGAUUGCCAUAAUAAAAUUUUGUCAAAAACUUUAGAAAUAGAAGUUCAGGCGAUUGUACCUGAAGGAAUUAUCACAGUUUUCAAUAAAAACAAUCGUAAAAAUAAACUUUGGGAAUAUAAGUUUGACUCGCCAAUAGUAACAAUUUGGAAAGAUCAAGUUUCGGAAAAUGGAGUUGUACAGUUAAAAGAAGUUAAUCUUUUUACAGCCUCGCAAUUAGACUCUGAGUUGGAUUCUGAGUUUUCUAUAAGUCCAGGGUUAUAUAUUGGUAUGCAUAAGAGGCAGCUGUAUAUUCAAGAAAAUCCUGCUAUCAAGAAAACAAUUGAUUAUUCGUCGAGUAAUUUAAAAGUAAUAAAAUACCCCUGGAGGCCAUAUCCUGCUAUUGAAUUUUCAAAAGACGUUGGAAAUGAUAAGAGUAAAGAUACAUCGUUUGAAAUGAGCGAAGUACUUAGUUCCACUGCGUUAUCCGUUCUUUAUAAUUCAGAAUAUAUAAAUGGUAAUGGAUUUUACUUAUAUUCAAAAGAACAGAUUCAGUUAGAUGGCAAUCAAUGCAAUAGUACAGGACCAAAGCAUAUGUUAAUUGAAUCUUCGGAAGCUCCAUCGAUAGAAUAUAAAGAAGAUGACACGCCGGUUCAAGUUAUAAUAGUAUCAUUGUGGUACUGGUGGAAAGAAGUUUUGAUAAUUUCCAUUACCACGGCAAUUGUACUGAAUAUCAUGUUAACCCAAAAACUACUAAAUGCAACUGCUGAAACCCACGAUGCUGUUUUACCACCCUUGAUUAUCGAGCGCCACAUUGUAAAUUCCAAAGAUGAAACCUUUAAGAUUCAAACGGACGACGGUGAUAUUAAUUUUAACUCACGUUACUUGACUGACUACGAGCCAGUCGAUUGUUUAGGACAUGGUGGUUACGGAGUAGUUUUUGAAGCAAGGAAUAAAAUCGAUGAUUGCAAUUAUGCAAUAAAAAGGAUUGCAUUACCUAAUAGUCGAUAUUCGAGGGAACGAGUUAUGCGCGAGGUAAAGGCUUUAGCAAAACUCGAUCAUCACAACAUUGUGCGCUACUUUAAUGCGUGGCUCGAAUGUCCGCCGGCUGGUUGGCAAGAAGAACACGAUCGCCAUUGGUGUAAUCAUAAUAAAUUUCCAAACUCGGAUUUUGUCUCGGAGUCAUCGGUCCCCGAGACAUCCACGCAUGUUGAAAUACCACCGAGUGAGCCCUCGUCUUUAGAUAGCGCUUGCGAAGCUUUCGACCUGGAUAAGGACGACGAGGAUUCAUUUAUUAUAUUCGACGCGCCAAUGAAUGGUAAUUGUGAGGCUGAGCAUAAUGAAGAGCUUCGACUGUCCGUAUCAGAAAAUGUAAAUGAUCGACAAAGUGAUAAAACGGAUCAAUCGAUAAUAUUUGAAGACUCGAAGCGUAAUGAUCUGACUGAAAGAAAAUCGGAACUUAAUUUAGAUUUAAGGAGACGGAAAGAUAGCGGAAAAUCUAAUAUGAAAAUGUUUUUGUAUAUUCAGAUGCAACUGUGUCAAAGAUUGAGCCUCCGAGAAUGGCUGAAAACACAAAAUUCUCAACGUGAUAUUUUAAGAAUAUUGAAUAUUUUUCAACAGAUCGUUGAUGCUGUAGAGUACGUCCAUUUACAGGGCUUAAUUCAUCGGGAUUUGAAGCCCUCGAAUAUAUUUUUCGCUUUCGAUGAUAAAAUAAAAAUUGGUGACUUUGGACUUGUAACUGCAAUGACAGAGGGUAUCAAUGGAGUUCAUACACCAUGCAAUGCCAACGAAGUGAAUAUUUUAAAAAAUGUUCAUACCGCUCGAGUUGGAACGCAUCUUUACAUGUCCCCGGAGCAAAUGAAUGGACAGAAUUAUAAUUAUAAAGUUGAUAUUUAUUCCCUAGGGAUAAUUUUAUUUGAAUUGCUCAUUCCAUUUUCAACAGAAAUGGAAAGAGUCGUUGCUUUAACAAAUUUAAGAAAAUCUAUUUUUCCUAAUAAUUUUUCUCUACAAUAUCCUGACGAAUUUAAUCUUUUAGAAAUGAUGCUCGAUGAUGAUCCCAAGAAACGACCAACGACAUUAGGAAUAAAGGCUCGACCACCGUUUGUAAAAAAUGAAAUUCCUAUUAGUUUAAAAAUCAGUGAAAAUUCGAAGUGGCAUUUUGAAUUGCCACAUGUCAGGAGAAAUUCUUCUAUUACAAAUAGUAACGGAAGUGAUUCUUGGGAAAACAUACACUGAUUAUAUUAAGUUUAUGCAAAUAAAGUGAUAAAGAAUGAUGUUGAGUGAAGGAUAAAUAGUAAUCCUAAGUGAAUGUGACAGUAAUCAUAGAAUGAUUUUUUUAUUAUUGUACUGUUUUUAACUAUAAUUUAGAUCUAUGCAUUUUAUUGAAGUUAUCUAUGGAUCGCUUAAUUUAAAUGACUGUUAAAUUUUUUUUCUCUUAGUAUUAUUAUUGGCUACUUUUUACUAGUGACAUCGAUUAUAAAGAGCACGUGCGAGUUUAUUCAUUUACAGUUAUUUUUAUAGUUAAGUUUAUCCGAUGUAUUUAAUAACAAUAAAUAUACAAUACUUGCACAUAGUGAAAUACUAUGUUGCUUUUUCCUUUGUUCAGAGAGAAAAAGAAGAAAAUAA